GUCCGCCGACUCCCGACUUGGCGCGCGCUCAGUCAGCAGUCGUGCGCCUGCGUCCGCGUCGGCGUGGAGCGUUGAACCUCGCGGUGGCCUAGGCGGCGCAAGUGCGGAAGCGAGCGGCUCGGCCAGGCCUUCUCUGGGCUCUCGCCGCGUCGCGAUGUAAACAAGGGCCGCGUUGUCGCGCGCGCCCGCCUCGCAUCGCACGAGCGUGCUCGCCCCGAACGUCGCAGCUCACCUCGGGAACAGCUGACGCCGCUCGUUGUCCCUUCCUGGAGACAAGCGCCUGAACUCAGUCGAGAGGUCUCGGAUAUCCCCUCGUGUCUACUGUUUUGUUCGUGCGUGCCGACGUUGUGUGGCCACAGAGGAGGGAGUGACCGGUGCGACGGGACUGGACUCUGCGUCCCGAGAAACGUGUACCGGUCGGAGCUGAUCUGAACGUCGCAGUGGGUUUUCCUUUGCACUCGACCGACGCGCGUGUACGCCCUUUGGUGAAAGUGGUGGCUAGCGUCCUGUGGGCUUAUUUCUCUCGUGCCUUGGAAGUGUGACGCAGCAACUGCGGAUAUACCUUGAGGGGGACGUAUCUUUCACCCCCUGUCUGCUGUGGUCGCGGCCGCUCGGGAGACGCUGAAAGCAGUGGAUUCCUGCGUCCCUCGCACUUGGGAUAGCACAGGACAGUGUUCCCGCCGAGUUUGAACGAGUGUUGUGGUGUGGAUGCGGCCGAAGGCAUUCGCCUUGCGAGAACGCCUUUCGUCGGAGAUUACCGCCGGAGAUACCCCCGCCUCUUUCGCUGGACCCGCGUCUACCGUACCGUCGUCGUCUCCGCUGCUGUGCUGUGUCGCCCCCGCUGGUGUCCGUCGGUAUAGUGGCGGUGCGCGUCGCGGAAUCGUGGUCGUCCUCGCCGGCAGGCCCUCGCGGCUGGCGUGCCCUGGGUCGCGGUGCGUGCAGCGCCCCGGGCCGGGCGCGUGAGACGCGCGGAGGUGGAGGCUCGAUGGCGCCCAUGCCGCCGCUGAGCGGCCUGUCGGCAGGCGACAGCGCCGGCAGCCACCUCCGCCACCGCGGCGGCUCGCCGCCGGCGUCUUCGGCCGCCCCGCGAGCCGCGCCGACCUCGUCGUCGGGCUCGUCGCUCGUGCUUAGGGGAGUGCUCACCGCCUCGUCGGCCGGCCGUUACUUCGCCUGGAACCCCAGCAAUGGAACGGACGAGACAGAUGGCUCCGGCGAACAGGGCGAAGAGGAAGAAAUCCACCGGAAAACACAGCGAAGCAUCAGCGAGACCUACUUUGCAGUCAAGGGAACGGCACUGGUGCUUCCCCAUGACGAGUCCAUGCACGUCUACCGCUGCUCCAACAACAACGUCGUGGCCGGCGACAUCAGGGCGCACCUGCAGUCUAUGCUGUACAUGCUACGGCGUGAAGACACGCUCAAAAUGGCUGUGAAACUGGAGAGCGCCCACCCGGCGGGUCGCACCCGCUACCUGGUUGUGGUUUCCCGGACGGGCUCCCUGGGCGCCGAGGAGGCCUGCCUGCUGGGCAUCGACUGCAACUCGCGCACCACCAUCGGGCUCGUCAUACCCGUCUGGGCCGACUCCCGCAUCACACUCGACGGGGACGGAGGUUUCAGCGUAACAUCUAGCAGCGGGCAUUACAUUUUCAAGCCGGUCUCCGUGCAGGCCAUGUGGUCUGCGCUGCAGUCCCUGCACAAGGCGUGUGCCAAAGCACGGGAGUUCAACUACUUCCAGGGGGGCGGAACCCAUCAGUGGGUGCAGUACUAUGCCGAGAGGAUACAGUCAGACCAGUCCUGCCUCAACGAGUGGCAUGCGAUGGACGACUUGGUAUCCAAGAGGCCCCCAACGCCCGACUACGAUCGCUCACGGCCGUCACAAAAGGAAGAGACAGAAGCACUUAUCAGGAGCAAGUUGAAGGAGCUUAUGAUGUCUGUGGAUCUGGAUGAGGUGACCAGUAAAUUUAUGCGGUCCCGGCUAGAGGCAGAGCUGGACAUGAGCCUGCAGGAGUUCAAACCCUUCAUCGAUCAGGAGAUGCUUACCAUCCUGGGUCAGAUGGAUGCGGCAACUGAGAUCCUCGAAUACCUCUACCUUGGCUCUGAGUGGAACGCCUCGAAUCUUGAGGAACUGAAAGACAAAGGGGUCGGCCACAUCCUCAACGUCACGCGGGAAAUCGACAACUUCUAUCCGGGCCUGUUCGACUACUUCAACAUUCGUGUAUAUGAUGAUGAGACAACUGAAAUGCUCAAGCACUGGGAUAAGACCUACAAGUAUAUUGCGCAAGCCAAAGAGCAGGGCUCCAAAGUGUUGGUGCACUGCAAGAUGGGCAUCAGCCGUUCGGCAUCGGUGGUCAUUGCAUAUGUGAUGAAGGCUUAUGGCUGGGACCUCCGGCAGGCCCUCGACUUCGUCAAGACCCGCCGCAGCUGCAUCAAGCCAAAUUCGGGGUUCCUCAAACAGCUCGAAACGUACCAGGGCAUCCUGCAUGCAAGCAAACAGCGGCACAACAGUAUCUGGCGCUCCAAGUCUGAAACAAACCUUAAGGACGAGCAGCCUGACCGUGGGGGAGGCAGACGUGAGUGCCGAGCAACGGCCUCUCAGGCGCUUGCCAUGGGAGGCAGCAGCGGGGGUCACGGCAGUGCAGCUGACGCCAACGGUGUUGCGAGAAGUGGUGGCAGUCGUGGCAAUGCCUCCAACAGCCUCCUGGUACCUGGUAGUGUGAGCCGGCCAAAGUCGUGGUCCCCAGAUGAUCUCGCCUCCGAGGUGUUCUUUGCUGCCGGCAACAGCAACAACUUCUCCGACUGCAUACCCAACCCCUGCCAUAUGGCCCUUGCUUCUGGAAGGACAAAACCCUCUCGCAGGCGGACAGGCCGUCCUCGGUAUGGAACAGAUCCUUUGUGUUACACCAUACCCCACACCAGCACCGUGUCAACACUUCAACAAGUCCAAGCCACAGAACAAGAGAAGAAUGCAAAGAAUGCUGCUGCUAGCAGCAUGAAGGCGGGCCUUCCCACUGCGGCUCCGGUGACACCCUCCAAGUGCUCACCCGCUGUCGUUGCUAUUACUGACGAUGAGCAAGACCCUGGCCUACGCCGCGUCGCUUCGGUCAAGGAUCGCAUCUGCGAGCUGGAAUCGCAGGUUGGUGUUCCAAAAUCGGUGGCGGCUGGAGUGAAACAGGUGGCAAAGACUGAAAUCCUCCGCUGCGGCACCAUCGAUUCACCGGUAGUGACAUGGUCAAACAAGCCACCAUCAGCAUUCUCAGGCGGACCUGCGAAAACUGGCACCACUGAUGAGAACUCAGUAAACCUGUACAGCUGCCUACCGAGCUGUGGCGGAGGUGAGUCAUCGUCACUGGAGCUGCUACGAGAUGUGCAACCUGUGGCGUCCCAGACUAAGCCACUGACCCCAAAGCACAUGGCUGUGAUAGUGAAGUCGUCGCCUGCGCCUCCUACCUGGACCCUGGGAGGAGGAGCUGGUGACUCUGACAAGGAGCUAGAACCGGCAAUGGUAACAGUGGCACCUCCUCCUGCAGCAAAAGAAGCCACCUUCUCCUCUGUGUUAAGGAGAAGUGUGGAAGACAGAGUGCCCACUUUGCAAGGUCUUGGGGGCAUCGCACUGCAAAGGUCAGCAACUGAUACAGGCCUGCUGGCACCCUCUAGUCAGGCGGUCUGCCGGCCGGCAGGCCGCCAUCACCCUUUGCUGCAUUGCGACUCUGACGAUGCUGUUGUGUGCUCCGCGAGCCCAUUGGCAGAGAUUUGCAAGCUACAGGUUGGUUUUGGUGAGGACAGGAGCCAGGGUACCACGUUGGAAGCACGCAGAGAUACCACAGCGGCUGUGACGCCACAAUUGCCUCUCGUAGCGGAGCUUCAGGUGGAUGGCAGGAAGACCGAACUCCACGAAGAGCGGAUGGGACCGCCAGCAGAUCGAACUGGAGGGCUGCCGACUCGCUGCAAACUCCGCAAGACAAAACCUUGCCUCGAAGAGAGGAGCUUCGCCCGCUCACUCUGCCUCGAAGGUGGCGCUUUUCCGUCACAAACACGUUCCACACCUUCCACUCCUCCGGAACAGCUGCCUGAUGGUUCUUCACCUUGCAGGCAGAUACUGCGCUCUCAGAGCCUGCGUUGUGAGCACCGGCCCAGGUCUCUUGCCCUGCCUGCAGCAUCAACAUGCAUGAGCGGGCGAAGUCCGCCCAAAAUUCUCGCCUCACGAUCAGGUGAAGCUCAGCCUCCGCCCGCAUUUUCGGCCAGUCCCGAGAUCAAGCACAGUAUGAGCACACCAUCAGUAAUGGAAGCAGUUAACGAAGUCCUGUGUGAGACGCGCCAAGUCAUCUCCAAUGCCAUGCACUUUAUCCCCUGUGCUAACAGUCCACCGGAAACCUACUCUCCUCUGCUCUGUUCCGGUCAGGGUCUGGAACAUAUCGAAUCAGACAUCACGCCUGCAUCGGAACCGAGCGAAGUUCCCCAAGUGGGCAUUGUGCGGCAGCAAAGGGCUGUGCUAGAAGGGCUGCAACCGCCACGAGGCACCACCGCUGUGGUGCCGUCAGCAGCCAGCACUGACCGGAAGCCUCCGGUGGGGGACAGCACGGGACGCUCGAAAAAAGAGCAAGCGCGAAUCAUCAAGGAACUCGGAAGUACCAUGCUUCCCUGUGUUCCUUGUGACUCUCCACCUCUCUGCGGCGGCAACAAUACCACUGAUCAGCAGCAGCAACAGCCGGAUGACGAUGAAUCCGCAGUCGGCGUAGUCAAGCGGCUCACCAAAGAGCUGGAGGCCAAGGCACGGAAUGGCAAGACUAAACCUGCUGGCAUUGCCGAGAGGCUCGUCAUUGUCGAAAGGAGCAGUGGUGACAGCAACGAGCCAAUCAGUGGUGGCAGCUCGAGCACUCCCAACUCCCCUGUCUGCGAGCGCCACGGUUGUGGUCAGCCUCUGCGCGGUCUUCGUGCCUUCUCGGAGGGCCGGCCUACUGGUCCAGACCCGCUGCCAGUGCCUGCGGUUCCGGCCCCACCCACGCCAAGCAGGUGUACCAGUCUCGAUGCUGAUAGACUUAGGAAGCUGUCGGCCAGUCGCAGCAUAACGGCGCUGCUGGCAAGGGCGCCGCGGGCCGGUGAACUCCCACCGCCGGCAAUGGUUACCGCCACGCCCACCGUGGCACUUAUUGCUACCAUGCCAGCGCCGGCACCUGUUGGCACCGCUACCGCUACCUUGCCUGGCGGCCUCCAGAGGAAAGUGCGCAAGCAACAAGGCAAAACUCACCCGCUGAGCAAACUGACCGUGCGGCAAAGGCAUGCCAACCCGCUGUACAACACCAUGUGAUGAUCCUCGCCCCCUUCCCACCCCCCACCUUUUUACAUUGUGGUGUGUGCGUGGGUGCAUGCAUGCAUGCACGCACGCAUGCCUCACCUUUUCCUGUUUUCCAACACCCUUCCCCUCCCCCCAAAUUUUUUCCUGUUUCAGUCUUGUUCCACAGCCUUACUUCCCAAAAAAUACUUGCGUUGGUAGGUGUGGUGGACAUUGUAAAAUUCUCUGGAUGUAGACUUGUUUACCCCUAUUUUGUUAGCUCUUGCGAAUGUAUGUGUGUGCGCUUGUGUGUGUGUGAUGUUUGCCCCCCACCUCCACCGCUGUACAGAAAGAGAAAUGAGUGUAUGUUAUUUUUGUUUGUGCAUGUUGGAGUAGGUGUUGCUUAUGUGUGACCACUGUUCUCUGUCCAUGUGAACAGACACUUUGUGGCAUUCAGUCAAGGCCAGUAGUGCCCUGCCACACCUCCUUCUGAUGCUUCCCUUUUUUCUUCCAUUCAACUCCUUCUAAACAGUCGCUGUCCCCCUUCUCAGCGCCUGUUCCAUUCUUGAACAUGCUUAUCUAAGGAUGUCCAGAGCACAUCCACACAUAUGAAUUAACGAUUUCACACCGCAAAAAUAUGCUGCAUGAACGAGCCUUGACGAGGGCCACUCCCUCUUCCCCUGGGAAGUCUGAAACAUUUAGAAAAAUCUCUGGAACAACAGCUGCCACCCCCCCCCCCCCCUCCGAUUUCAGAGACAUGCUUGCUUUACUCAUGAGCGUCUUUUGAAGUCUGGAGUGCAGCAGCUUAUUUGCUUGCUCAGUUUCCAUUUUGCAGGAGUGAUGCUUGUGCAUAAUAUCUGACAAAUGCUUUUGACUGCCGAUGAACAAAGGGUUCAGUAGUUUCUUGUCUCAGGCACUUCACCAGGCAUACCUGCCAAGCCAAGUUGACUGAGCUCAGUAGCUGUGCUCAGGCAAAUCCAGUAGUGCCCUGUGCUUACAUAGGUGCUAGCUGCGAAAACAAGAAAACCACCAAAAUUUCCCAUGAAGUUGGGAUAUCCCAAGCAGCUUUCUUUAUUUGUUUGUCUUGUUUUCACAAAUGCUGUUGUUUUACAUCUUUUGUUGCUAAUUAUAGUGAUUAACAAAUGAACUAAAGUGCCUGAGGCAAGGACAUGAAGCACCGCAACGCAUUUUACUUACCAUUUUGCACACAGCUGUUAUGCAUCUCGGGCAGUUCUUGCACUUUCUGAAACCAAAGCAUAGGGCUUGAUUAACAAUUGUACUGGAGACAAACCACUCACUUUAGACAGGUGGGUUGCGUGAGCAUAAUAUUUACACAACACUUUAACACGACUGCUCAGGGGUCCCUUUUGCUUUACUCAUGAAAGGGGCCUGCUGGCGAGAAACUUGUGGAUACGAGUAGUUACACAUGCACAUCUUUAUUUCCUGUUCAUUUUUUUUGGGGGGGGCGCACCAUGAUGGGGUCAGUUUGUCCUGUGCUAUUCUGCAGCGCAGGAUUCUGGCAGAGCAGUGAUAAAUAAAUGUAGAGGUAUGCGCUGAUAAACAGUAUACUUGGGGGGACACCCCUCAUCUCAUUUCUGCAAUUGUGGCAUUGCUGUACACUCUUGUUACUUUUGUGCUGUGUUCAACACACUCGAGAAUCCACAUAGUCAUUCUCUAAACAGUUUGACGUUUCCAAAUUUUUGCCUAAUCUACUGGUUCUUGCACAUUGAAAUCUCUCAUUUACAAUGUUUAUAUCACAUUAUUGCAACUUACCAUAAUGGUGCACUUAAUUUUUUUUUUUCGACUGAACAAGUAUUGUACUAAUGGCAGACAUUUUUUUUGUUUGUUUGAGAAGUAUUGAUUCUGCGAUUUCUAGCCAAGGUGAAGAGACAAACCAAUCAAAUUGUUUAUGGUGAAUUUUCGCAUGAACCACUUUUACCCAUUGUGGCCAGUUAGUGCUAAAUAUCUUCACCUACACCUUUUUGACAAGAUGGGCUGGGUCGUCAACAAACCAGACACCAUGCAUCUGUUGCAAUGUUCAAUCUUCAUGUGAGAUUCGAGUUAAACUUCCUAGUAGCCUAUGCAUUAUUACCUCUUUUUUUUAUUUGUGGAACAAUGCGUCCUAGUUGAGGCACAUGAGAGAGUGCACAGGAACAGCAUGUCACAUUUUUGCAGUUCAUGAGCAUACCUUGUCAACUGUGGCAAAGGUUGGGUGGCUACCAUUGGGAUGUUGCUGUAAACCAUGCAAUGAUGCUAUGUCAGCUGUUGAGAAACGGUGCGACAACAUAAAUAUGCUGCAUAAUUGUUUGAUCGCGUCAUCCUGUUGCUGUGUAGCUUUGAGUGAAACAUAGCUGCGCAUUGCAUUUGAUUGCAUUUGAUUUGCAAGGCUGCCGUUAACAAAACACUGCCCAUAGAAGCAAAGUCACUAUGUGCAUUUUGCAUUGUCUUCAUUUUCUUCCCUGCUGGCCUUUGCUCUUUCAUGUUUGCUCUAGUGAGAGAAACGCAGAUGCAUGUGCUUGGUGCAACUUCAACUCAUGCUCUGAGUUUCCAUGCCCACCUUUUCUAGUUUCUAAGAAAGAAAAAAGAGACAGAAAUGUGCCAUACAAUGUUUACAGCUGUUGUAGCUUUACCGCUCUUACGCUUGCCGUCGACCCAAAGUUGUCUCUGCCUUGUUGUUCCUUUUUUUUUUCUCCUCGUCUGUCGUUUUUAUUUCCGGUUUCUGUCCCACCCUUGUCGUUCCAUCUUACUUGCUGCAUGGCGUGAAAGCUAUGGAGAAAAAGCGCGUCUUGUGCGUUUAGCGAAGGUUGAGAGAGAGAGAGGAGUGCUUGAGGGAAUGAGGUUGGUGACGUGUACGACGUACGUGCGCUAGGCCGAAAGAAAUUAUUUAAAAAAAUCGGAAGAGUGUUCUUCUGAAAUAAAAAUGAUUUUAGCCA